AUGGCGGGGGAAGAUCACAAGAAAGGUCUGCCGAUGGGCGGCCAUCUUCGAGCCCCGGUUUCCGACUCGGCAGCCCCAGCAACUGGAAUAGAAGACCGUCAGCAUCAUCUCCGGACAGCACGGGCAUCGCAAACAACCCACAAUCGUGGUAGCAGUACGAGUAGAUUUUCUCGCCCCGAGACCGAUUUCCUCAGGAGACGGGCAAUGUCCGGGGCGAUGAGAAAUACAACCGCUGAGUCGACUUCCGAAAUACACUCAGCCCGCCCAUCCGACCGACUAUCGCGUCACAACCUGGCUUCCCAGGGCGGGAAGUUUGAGCCAAUUUUGCCUAAUCCAUUUGCCCAGAACUCUAUGCCCAGAGACGUAUCGAGGUUUGUCCGCUACGACGGCACUGGCAACAUGGGUGGCAUUCAACCUUCCCGUGAACGCAGCAGCGAUCAAGCAGACAGACACCCGGCGAACGCCGAAGAUCGAGUCAACUCCCCCUACAUCUAUCCAGAAAAUACGGGCUACGCCUCCUCUAGCUCUCAAGAUAUCCAUAUCCGCGCAGCCCACGAUUCCUCGCCAGUGGGCGAUCCAAUGGGCUCUAGACGAGCCAUGUCGCCAUCCGACAACUCCUUUGGCAGCUCUCCCCCGGCGAGCAUUGGGGAUCCAACUAGCUGGCUGCUUCCACGGCCCUUCCGGCAUGAAGUAGAGUUGCCGUUUGUUGGAGAAACUUCCUACGAAGACACUGACGAAACGGAAGCCGACUGUGAACUAUCCAGUCUCUCAUCCACAAGGUCCUUUAGUCAGGGGAAUGGAAAGCUCAGGGCUAUCACACCAAGCUCUCUGGGAAGGGGUGAGCCCAAUACCCCCGCAAUUCGUUCCCCUUAUUCUCGAAGGGGCGAGUUGGGCCCCGAGCCGCGGCAGGUUAGCACCAGCAGCCCGUUUUACGACGUUGUAAACGCCAAUCCCCUCCACCCUGCGUUCUCAAUGUCUACCAGGAACAGUAUGGCGUCUUCUUCUGGUUCUUUCACUGACUCUCAAUUGAGCAGUCCUUCGCCACAGUCAGGAUUCACCGGAUCAAACCAACAACAAUAUCAUGAUGAAUCGAGGGAUGACACGCAGAGCCGCAUCUACCGAGAGGACCACCGGCCCCUAUCUCGGAAUUCAGACACGGGGUCUCUGUGGGAUCGACAGCCAACCUUGUCCCGGACGCGGCCAGCGUCUCCCGGAUUGUGGCGUGCCCCGGAUAAUACCAACUCAGAGUGCGGCUACGGCCCGUCCGUGAUCAGCGGACCGGUCACACAGACGCUGACCCCAAACACGUCCCCAUAUCUACGACAAACAGCUCGGGUAGUUGCAUACAAGAGCACUAGCAAGACAACGGGUCCUCCUUUCCGUGGUCGUGCUAGGGGCGAGCCCGGGGAGCAGUGGCGGCCCCCAGCCGGUAUCUAUCGACCUUCGUUCGAUUCUUCAGCUCAGCAUAGACAACAAGAUUCUUCAAUUCUCAGCCCUCUUUUACGCCCAGCUGCCCCUCAGCACGCAUUGCAAUCGACCAUGGAUGUCGACGAUGAUCAUACAAGACCAAUCCAGAACAGGGCAGAAACCGAAACCCCGAGCAUCCUCGACUUUGACUUCAGUUCUGAUUCUGAGCCCGAUGCCGAAAAUAUUGACGAUAGUCACAAUCUAGGUACGGGUUCCCCUCAACAAGGCAACCAAGAGCAGAACCCCCAGUUAGGCACCGACCCUACGGACGAAACAGAUCGUGUGGUGUGUGCUAUAUCCGAAAGCCGCUCGUCAGACAUGAUUGGCGUGGCCGUCAUCAACAUAACGAUUGGGGAAGUCGACCUCUUCAGGAUUGUCAACGACGACAAAUACCAGCGCCUUGCCGAGACAUUGUGGAGGGCGUCGACGUGGCCGCAAAUCUUCGUUGUGUUGAAGACGGCUGUCGACCAGCACAAGCACUGGAACGAGUCCGAAGGCCUGAAAUUGGUCGACCGCUUUGCUUGGAGAGCGGACAUUAAGGCCAUCCGCCAGGAUCUCGACCGCAAUUUCUACGUCUCAUGUGCAUUCUCUGCGGUUAUGGCGUACGUUGAGGAGGAGACCGACGUGGUUUUCAGGGAUAAUUCAUUGCGAAUUCGGUACAGGCAGCCCGCGGAUACCAUGGGCCUGGACCGAUCCACCAUCACCUCCCUCGAACUCUUCCAGAACAUCCGGAAUUCAAAGGGGUCCUCGUCCACUCUCUUUGGGCUGUUGAACAACACACUCACGCCCCAGGGCCGUCGCAUGAUCCGUUCAGCCCUUUUCCAACCGAGCACCAACCGUGACCUGAUUACUGAGCGACACGAAGCGGUUGAGGAACUGUCGAGCAACGAGGGCCUCUUCACAGAGGUGCGAGCGAGCCUCAAGCGGCUAUUCCAUAUUGACGUCGAACGGUUCAUCCCAUGGCUCCGCAUCGCUUUACAAGAGGGGGUGUCUCUGAUUCAAGGUCGACAUCAGAUGUCGACGCCUAGCCACGAAGAACUCCAGGAAGCGGAAAAGGACUUAACACAUAUUCUCAUGGUUAAAGCAUACCUCGGAGGCGUUCAGUCUAUUCGAGAGACUCUCGAGGCCGCAGGUUGCACGAGCAAGUUGUGCAACUGGGUGCUUGAAAAGUGUCGGCGAGAGAACAUAGCGCCCAUUGCCGGCUUCAUUGAAGAAGCCAUUGAGCAGGACGCUAUUUAUAGCAAGGCGCCCAUCGACAUCAGGAAUAACAGAAUGUGGGCUGUCAAGGCGGAGCCAAACAGCGUUCUAGAGGGCUCUCGUCAGAUGUACCGGGACCGUACAAACGAGAUGCACCAGUACGUGGAGGAGCUCAACAAGACGUUUCAAGAGCACUUGGGCACCGUGCCGCAGCUUCGGCUGGCCGGCGACAACCACUACUACCUGCGGUUUCAGUGGUCGGAUGUCGAACGAGAACUGACGAGAGGCCGGACCACUUCGGAGGAUGGAAGGCCGGCCCGCAUGCACCAGCGGAGGCCGCAACUCCUGGGCGGCGUUGCGAUCGCUAAUGGAAUCCGGCGGAAACACCACUACGACUGCCAGACCUUAGAGCUGAUCCAACGGAGCAGCCAGAUCCAGCGCCACGCCGACAUUGUCACGACGCAAUGCGACACGCUCAUUAUCGGCCUCAAGAAGUCUCUGCUGCAGCAUGCCGAGGCCCUGCUCGCCGUUAACGAGGCCAUCACCGUCUUGGACAUGCUGUGCUCCUUCGCGCACCUGGCCACCACCCAGAACUACGUCCGGCCUACCAUUUCCGACAAUCUGGUUCUCAAGGGCGCCAGGCACCCCGUCGUGGAAGCGAGGAAGGAAAACUUCGUGCCAAACGACGUUUACCUCGGAGACCAGGGCGCCCGCUUCCAAGUUGUCACGGGCGGGAACAUGAGCGGCAAGAGCACGUUCAUCCGAACGGUGGCCCUGAUCCAGAUCAUGGCCCAGAUUGGUAGUUUUGUGCCGGCGACGUAUGCUGCCAUCCCACUCUGCGACCGUCUCUUCACCCGCUUGUCCACCGAAGACAAGCCGGAGAACAACCUGGGCACCUUUGGGGUGGAGAUGACGGAGAUGAACAUGAUCUUGAGGAGGGUUACUGACAACAGCCUGGUCAUCAUCGACGAGCUCGGCCGGGGGACGUCAACCAAGGAAGGGCUCAGCAUUGCUCUCGCCAUGUCAGAGGAGCUGAUCAAGAAGGGGUGCCGGGUGUUCUUUGCCACUCACUUCACUGAGCUCGCCAGGAUCUUGAAUACAACGAAACAAGUCAGCGUUCUCAACGUCCAUGUUGUGGGCGAGAGUAGCAAAGCAGGGGAUACCACACAAAUUUCGUUGCCGCAUACCAUCGCACCUGGUCCGGUAAAGAAUGAAGACUAUGGCCUGGAUCUCUCUCGCCGCUUCCUCCCCGAACGAGUUGUUGAUAACGCGGAGCAAGUUUCCAUGGACGACCCGGCGCUCGCGUCUUAUGUUAAGAAGCUCCAAACAGAGUUUACUAUCAGGAUGAACAUUGCGGCCGAUGAUGAUGCGGCAGAGGGUUCGGGUACCAGGGACGUUCAAUCAGCCGCCAACCUACCGACUCUGAGCAAACCAAGCGAAGAAGAGCUCGAGGGCUGGAAGAAGAAGUGUGACGCCGCAGAGAACAGAGUAAUGCACUCCAACAUGGCUCAGGCCGAUGACAAGAAGCGACCCUUCCCCGCGGGCGAAGGCAGCGAAUCUCUCUCGAAGAGGGCCAGAACAGAGCAUGCGGCACCAAGCACGACAUCCCAGCCGACACCGAUCAACCGCAGCUCCAUGAUCGACGACCUCCGACGGGGCGCAUGCACACCAACCACGCGCGCCGCGACCCCGAGCAGCCUCCGAACAGGCUCCUCCGACCCCCCAGUCGACUCCAUCAUGCACGACGCCCCCACCGCAGACCACACCCCAACAACACAGGCCUACAACCCAAACCCAAACGAGAACCGCCAGCGCGCCGUGCCCAUCUCCUCCGGCUCCAACUACGAUGAGGAGAUGCCCGACGCCGACAGCCCGGAUGUUGCCCUGCUGCCCCCGGGCUCGGCGCAGCGCCCUGCCGCGGGGGCUUAUGCCGGCCUUGUGCAGCCGCUGGAGCAGUUCCAGCCGCUUAGGGACUGGUAUGCUCGUGAGCAAGCCGCCGACUCUUCUUCGGGUGCGGCGCGUGAGGAGAGGGUUGGUGGUGGUGGAGGUCUGGACCGGGCUCGUUUGGCGACGCAGGAGUUCUUGCGGGGACUGCGUGAGCAUGGGGAGGAGGGUGGGCAAGUGGAGGGGGAGGAGAUGGAGAUGGAGUUGUAG